CAGAAAUCAGAACGACGAGCGCCAUGAAACAAGCUGCAGCCGCAAGCUAGUAAACAGAAUUUAGGGGUUUUCUUCUAUAAACCGAGCAAAGACAACAGAUUUUAUAAACCAAUUUUGCUUGCCAAAGAAACCAAAAGUUGAAUCGGAGUUUGAAGAUUUUAGAAACUCCCCAACUCUCUCUAUCUCUGGCUCUCCUAUUUCCUCGCUUUGUUCGUUGGGUUCUUAUCAUUGGAGAGCAUCCAAAAAGCUCCUACAAGCCGCAAUUAGACUUAUUUGUUAUGAAACGAGGAUUCUCCCAAUCUCCCUCCAGCUCUGCUCCUCCUUCUUCAUCCAGAUUCAAAUCCAAUCCUGAAGGUGAUUCUCAGUUUCUUGAAGAUGAUACAACAAAGAACUUUGCCCGGAAGGUUGCUGAUCAUUACAGUCGAAGAACGAACCAGACUCUGGAAGAGAGAGAAGCUAGUCCCAUCAUUCAUCUGAAGAAACUUAACAACUGGAUUAAAAGUGUGUUGAUCCAGCUUUAUGCUCGUCCUGACGAUGCUGUUCUUGACCUUGCCUGUGGGAAGGGUGGUGAUUUAAUCAAGUGGGAUAAGGCAAGGAUCGGGUACUAUGUUGGAAUAGAUAUAGCUGAAGGGUCGAUUGAAGAUUGUCGCACGCGUUAUAAUGGUGACGCAGACCAUCACCAACGUCGUAAAAAGUUCAGUUUUCCCUCGCGUUUGUUAUGUGGGGAUUGUUUUGAGGUUGAGUUAGACAAGAUUCUUGAAGAGGAUGCCCCUUUUGAUAUCUGCAGUUGCCAGUUUGCUAUGCAUUACUCAUGGACUACUGAGGCGCGUGCACGACGAGCUUUGGCAAAUGUCUCAGCUCUACUUCGUCCUGGAGGCGUCUUUAUAGGAACAAUGCCAGAUGCCAAUGUUAUUAUAAAAAAGCUCAGAGAAGCUGAAGGGUUGGAGAUCGGUAAUAGCGUAUACUGGAUUCGUUUUGGUGAAGAGCAUUCCGAAAAGAAGUUCAAAUCUCGGAGCCCCUACGGUAUCGAAUACGUAUUUCAUCUUGAGGAUGCUGUUGAUUGUCCUGAAUGGAUUGUGCCCUUUAACGUCUUCAAGGCUUUAGCCGAAGAGUAUGAUUUAGAGUUGGUAUUUGUGAAGAACUCACACGAGUUUGUGCAUGAGUAUAUGAAAAAACCAGAGUUUGUAGACCUCAUGAGAAGGCUUGGUGCUUUGGGUGAUGGCAACCAAGAUCAAAGCACAUUAUCAGCUGAUGAAUGGGAAGCUGCAUAUCUAUACCUCUCUUUCGUCUUGAGGAAGAGAGGAGAAUCCGAUGGAGUUCAAAGGAGAGGGCGGAGGAAGAAUGGGAAGAUGAACUUAUCGAAAGACGAUGUUUUGUAUAUCGAUAGCUGAAGUGUAGAAGAGCGUCCCUUGUACACACACUAUAGAGUGUCUCUAAGUCUCUGUUUUGGUCUCACUAGGCCCAAUAAUAAGAUUAGUCGUCGAAGUCGAACACUUUGCGUUUUUCUCAAGUGUGUUAAGGCUUUAACAGAAUAUACCCAUCAGGAUGCUCAACAUCGCACAUCAUCGUUUUGUAUUAUUAUGUAUUGAGAUUAUAUCGACUUUGAACUUGAGAAAACUCAGAAAGAUUCAAUCUUUUGACUUUUGUUCUAAUACAGUAAUACGGAAUCAACAGUCUUUUAUAGAACAAGGACCA